UGUUUUCAAUAUGGCUGCACCAACGAAGAGCACGCCGAAAGAUGCCCAAGUUAUGGCAUCGAUUCUGAAGGACAUGGGUGUCACAGACUACGAACCUCGGGUGAUUAAUCAAAUGUUGGAGUUCACCUAUCGAUAUGUGACAGAUGUAUUAGAUGAUGCCAAAGUGUAUGCCAACCAUGCAGGCAAGAAAAAUAUAGACACAGAAGAUGUUAAGCUAGCAAUUCAAUGUAAGCUGGAUCAUUCCUACACCACGCCACCACCUAAAGAUCUCUUAAUGGAGGUCGCCAAACACAGAAACAGCCAGUCACUGCCACUGAUAAAGCCAUACACAGGACCAAAGCUACCUCCAGACAGAUAUUGCCUGUCCUCCACAAACUAUAAACUUAAAGCAUUGAAGAAGCCCAGAUUACCAGUUGGACUUCCUGCCUCAGCGUACACACUUAGUUCACCAAAAAUCAUAACAUCUGGAGGAGUUUCUAAGAAUCAGCCUCUAAACCUGGCAAGCAUGGGAGGAACAUCCCUGUCUGUUGUUUCUAAAGGUGUUUCCAUGCCAACAGUUACCUUGGUUACCAAACAGGGCACCUCAUCCUCAGCUGCAGCUAUGCCAAUGCCAACAAUUAGGCUAACAACAACUCCUUCACAAUCAAAUCCUUUGAAGAGGAAGGCAGAGGAUGAUGAUUAUGACAAACCAUCAUAAUUAGGCAUCAUGGUGCAAAAUGAUGGAUAUAUACAAAAUGGAAAGCAGCCAAAGCAUUAGGACACUCUUCCUUAUGGGUCUGUGAAACUGCAGACUUGUGAUGGAUUUGUGAGAAAAGUGAAGAAGAGUUUUGUCAGGAAUUUAUGAGCUUAAUCAGCCCCAGAAGACAUGUCACUGUAUUGAGUAUGGUCAUGAUGUAACUGAAAGACCAUACCAUGACCAAGUUUGAUAUUGGAAAUGCAGCUGGAAGAGAGGAACAUUAUUUUCUUCAAGACUUAUUUCCUCAAGCAAUGUAAUGCUGUUACAGUAACUUCUGUUCUGCAAUAUUAAUAGUGGCUCCAUAGACUUUAUGGCAGAGACUAUAUUGUACAAAGUUGGUCAGAAGAGCCUGGUGGAAAACAUAUUGAGAUGAUAGAAAAGAGAGAGAUGUUCAUCAGGGGCGUGAUUUGUCAGGAGAGAAAUAUAAAACUGUAAAAUAGACGAUUUUCCUUGUUUGACAAUCGCAAUUAUGAAUCACACAUUUAUAAUUUAUGUAUUGCAUUAUUUUUGACAAGAGCUUGUACCAACAUAGCCUAGAAAGGGUUGUCUGAACAAAUGAAAUGACUUGUGUUUGUACUUAUACAGUAUGUGAGAACAGCAGUUAUGGACCAAGUGCUCACAAAGAGCAUAUAUCGAAAGUCUAUGACAACCAAGUUAUCUGUAUGGAAUUAAAUUAAUAGUAAGCAGUAACGCCAAAUAUAAUGUAAAGAAUGCAUUAAUGACGUUGGUAAUUUCUCACAGAAUUCAUUCUUAUAUAUUGAUCACCCAACACAUUGUACUGUUAGUUUAAAAUAUCUGCAAAGGAUGAGAUAAAAUUUGCAAAACUGAGUUACUGUCA